AUCGAUCGUCGCUCCCUGUCGCGCGAGCGGCGGGGUGCUCGGCGCCCGUCCUCUGCCCUUCUCCGCGCCUCUUUCCCCCGUCCCUCCGCUCCCAUGACCCGCAGCAGGAAGCAGGCGGCGCUGGAGAGAGGAGCCGGCAAGAUGAACUCAGAAGCGGGGAGCGCCGCUGAGGGGGCCCGGGCGGCGGCGGCGGGGGCAGCCGGGAAUGGAACGGCGCCCGGCGUCUGGGGGCUGGAGGGCGAUUCGGAGAAAGUUGUGUACUCGCGCUCGCAGGUCUCCUACGCCGGCACCAAGGCGCUGGGCGACGCCCUCAAGCUCUUCAUGCCCAAGUCCACCGAGUUCAUGAGCUCCGACUCGGAGCUGUGGAACUUCCUCUGCAGCCUCAAGCACGAGUUCUCCCCGGUCAUCCUCCGCAGCAAGGACGUCUACGGCUACGCCUCUUGCCGCGCCGUCGUCCCCGACCCGCCGCCGCCCUCGGCCGAACGGCCUCGCCACCGCCCCGGCAAGCGGCGCCUCCCGCCCGCCAAGCGCCGGGCCGCGGUCACGGGCGGCUCCGCCAAGCGGCCCCGGCGGCGGCGGCGGCGCCGCAGGAGGGCACAGGGCUGGCGGCACCGAGCGGCACCGGCGGCCGGCGGCCCCCAAGGCGAAGAGCGGCUGCAGGCUGCGGCGGGGGCGCCGAGCGAGGAGGAGGCUGAGGACAGCGAGCGGGGCAGCCCGGCCGAGGAGGCCGCCUGGGAGCAGCCGUUCGGCGGCAAGUCGCUGGAGGAGAUCUGGAAGGCGGCCACCCCCCGCCUCAUCACCUUCCCCACCAUCCGGGUGCGGGGCGGCGUCUGGAACUGGCGCAGCCUGGAGGCGGCGCGGCGCCGGGCGCAGCGGAUCCUCGGCGUGGACCUGUCGCCCGUGGUGCGGGUGCGCCGCCUGCCCGUGGCGCCGUCCUGAGGCGGCGGGAGGGGAGGGAAGGCCGGCGCGGACAAAGAGACCAAUAUCAGUCACCUGUUUACAUUGCUUUUGUCUGGAUCAUGUUCUUCUGCUGCACUUUACGGCUCGCUAGAACCGGGGCCGGGGAGCCGGGCCCCGGGCGGGCGAGGGGCCGGCUGCGGGUACCGCGCGUGGGGACCAAGUUCCGCUUCCACUUCUCCCAUCGGGCUACCUCACUGGUCCAGAAGUCCACCCAAGAAGUUGUUUUCCAAAGGAACUUAACUUUCAUGCUUGUAUAAUAAAGCACCAUCCGAUUCUCGUUCUCCCUUCCCCCCCCCCCCCCCCCCCCCCCCUCGCUUCCCCUUUCCGAUGGAUUAUGUAUGCUUUGUGGUGUUGCACUAGUAUGUGCUCAGGGUAUUUUGAAUCCCAAGCAUUCCCAAGUUUCAGUUCACUCUGACCGAGGAUGCGUUAAGAAUGGAGGUUCAGGACUUGUGGCUGUUCUUGAUGGUGCAAAAACUUUUUUUUUUUUUUUAAUUUCAUGGGCUUAGUGAUAUAUACAGAUGUAUUGCUCAGUAUAAUUGUUACACUUUUGUAUCUAAAGUCAUUUUUAAAGUUUUCUAGUUGAACUAAGUAUUUGUUUCUAUUGAGCACCUAAAGAUAGAAUCAUACUGAUAUUUUAUAAACCUGUUUACUUUAGGGAAGCUCAUUUGGUCAACCUAAGUGAACUUAAUAAAAGUUAAAGAAAAGUGAUGUUUCAGUUCAAUGAAACUGGACUGCACAGAGAUGGGUUCCUCACUGGAGUCUGCCGUGCUUGUGCUUAACGGAGCCUCUGUGGUAUCCCCAGUAAACAAGCUUAGAGCUGGUGAAGAGUGUAACUACUCGUGGAAGCUGGAUAUAGGUGUCUGAAGGUGAACUGUGGUACACGUAAUGUUGGCAUUAAUGGCAAAA